GGCCGUGGCCGUGGCCGUGGCCGUGGCUGUGGCCGUGGCUGUGGCUGUGUGAGGUGUGGGGUUGUCUGCGCGCGCUCCCGCCAUCGAGAGGGGCGGGCUUCAGACGGCGGCGGAAGGAACGCGGGUGCCCGAGGCCCAGUGAGCGGGGCAGGAUGAGCGGCAAGGACGGAAACGAGGAGUUCUACCGACAGCUGCAGCUCCAGCAGCAGUAUGAGGCCAAGCCAGCCGAGGGUGAAAGCGAGGGCGAGUCUGACCCGUUUACCUACGUGGACCCUGCAGACGGGGCUGCCUACGAGUGGGACCUGGAGAAGAAGGCCUGGUUCCCCAAGAUAACAGAAGAUUUCCUGGCAACCUAUCAUGCCAACUAUGGCUUCCAUGCAGAUGAGACAGAUACUUCAUCUGCUUCUGGUACUGCCACUGAAAGUAAGCAACCAGUAAGUUCUAAGACACCAGGAGCACAACCAUCAGCAAAUGAGAUGGGACAAAAACAAACAGGUCCAAAACAAAAAUCGGAAAAAAGGAAGCUAGAGCCUGGGUGGUUUCAUGUUGAAGAAGACAGAAACACAAAUGUUUAUGUGACAGGUUUACCUCCAGACAUUACAAAAGAUGAAUUUGUACAAGUCAUGUCAAAAUGUGGUAUCAUCAUGCGGGAUCCUCAGACAGAAGAACACAAGAUCAAACUGUACAAAGAUAAGGAAGGAAAUCUUAAAGGAGAUGGCCUCUGUUGUUAUCUGAAGAGAGAAUCAGUUCAACUUGCUUUGAGGCUUCUGGAUGAAGCAGAAAUCCGAGGCUAUAAAUUGCAUGUGGAGGUUGCAAAGUUCCAACUGAAGGGGGAGUAUGAUGCAAGCAAAAAGAAGAAGAAAUGUAAAGACUACAAGAAGAAGUUGUCGCAGCAGCAGAAACAGCUGGAUUGGAGGCCGGAGAAGAAAGAUGGGGCAACUCGAAUGCGGCAUGAACGCAUCGUUAUUAUCAGGAAUAUGUUUCACCCCAAGGACUUUGAGGAGGACCCUUUAGUGUUAAAUGAGAUAAGAGAAGAUCUGCGGACAGAGUGUGAAAAGUUUGGUCAAGUAAAGAAGGUUCUCAUAUUUGAUAGGCACCCUGAUGGUGUUGCUUCUGUGUCAUUUAAAGAAGCAACAGAAGCUGAUCUGUGCAAGCUGACUCUAAAUGGAAGGUGGUUUGGUGGCCGUCAGCUCAGUGCUGAAACAUGGGAUGGUGUAACGGAUUAUCAGGUGGAAGAGACUGCAAGAGAAAGGGAAGAAAGGCUCAAGGUGUGGGAGUCAUUUUUAGGGGAUCCUGAUGCCAAGGAGCAGCUAACUGCAGCUGAUUCGGAUUCUGCAUCAAGUAGUUUUAAAUGGCCUGAAGGGAAACAACCUCCAGAGGUUAAUGACACACCUAAGGAGGAUGCAAAUGAUGAAGCUCAUAAGAGGGAGAAUAAUGGUGAGGGUAUUAAUGAAGAUGGAGCUCCAUCCACAGACAGCAGCGUUGCAGACAGCGAUGGUGAAGCUGAUACAUAACAUCUUGAAUGCUUUAAGAAAGUGUGGAUUUUAGGGUGGUGUUUGAGUGUAUGCCUUUCUUCAGGAUGACUGCAGACAAUAUUCAUAUGAAUAUAGGUAUAUUAGAAUGUCAUCAUCUGUGUGCUUUGAAGUUUUCAUUAAAAGCAGUAUUUAAUGAGGUCCUAAAAGUUUGUAUUAAUUGGCUGUUCAGGUUUAGUAACUCAAGUUGCCUAGAAUGCAGUAAAACUCAUCAGGCUUCUUUUGUCCUAACUAUGCUUGUCAGUGUUUCAUCAUGUGAGCUUGAAAUAAGUUCCAACCCUUAAGUUUAUGUAACUAUAUGUAACUUAUGCAAUGCAAAGCUUUUACAAGAUUUGUGGAUUGUACUGUUAAUUUUCCUGAGCCCUUGGAACUCGGUAUUUCAGUAAUCUGUGUCCUGGUACGUUGGAUCACUUUAUGGAGCAGGUGCUGUGAUCUCUAUAGGGUGAAUGCAUUGGAUGUGUUGCUAUGUGUUAUGUAGCAGAUGAUGAGUAGUAUCAGGUCACAAGCUUAAAGAAAGUGGCAGACAGUGCUGCCAUAACAAUCCUAAGGCAAAAUGAGUGAAGAGAGGUUAUUAAAUCACAGCAUUCAGCAAAUUAAUUUUUUUUUCCCCUGUUUAGAUAUUCUGUUGAUGUUGGAUAGAGGCUGGAAUUGUGCCAGGGAGACUAGAAAUGCAUGAACACACAUAUUCUAGGCCAUGAUAACAUUGGUUUUACACUCUGAUGGUCUGUAUGUAGUAGGUAUCAAAAUAGGCUUUUAAUUUUUGUGGUGGCUUAAUUAGUUCUUGCUUUCAUAUUAAAGUAGGGGUUUUUCAUUAACUUUGUUAACAUGAUAAAUGUGAGUUUUCCCCAGCAUUUUGGUUUAGCUCUGUGUGCUCUUCGCAGUGGAGAGGAUCUUCUGUAUUUCAUAAAACUUAAAUGCUUUUGGCAGCUCAAACUGCAGUUUGUUGUGCAAAAGUUAGAAAUGUUAAAAUGCUAAGAAGCAAAUGAUAGUCCUCUUCAAAAUAUUUCCAAAAGGAAAGACUUAGAAGAUGUUCUAACUUUAGAUAUCUUAUUAAAUGGCAGGUUUUCAAAAAUAACUGGGGGGAGCUGUUUUGGGCAUAGUCAUUCUUAAUUUAGAAUUCUUUACUUUGAUAAGUAAGGAUAGAAGAACAUGGAUUUAGGCACUAAACAAUUAAAAAUUUGUAACAUGCUGUUCAUAUGGAUGAUCACCAGUACACAUUUGCAGGGAUGAUCCUUUGAAUGUUUUUAAUUCAUCUUGGGUUGCAAGAAACUAUAGAUGCUGAUUCCUGUGCUUCUGUUGUGAGGUGAUCUGAAAAUGUUAUUUUCAAAUCUUGUGCUCUGAGAUUACCAUACAGAUUUUUUUCUUGGAUUCUGUAUGGUUGUCUAAGUUUAUUUUGUUGGAGUUUUUUUAAUAUAUAGUCAAUAUGUGUGGUUGGCUAUGCCAGCAAAAGCAUCUA